AUAAUUCAUCAAGUUUUUGCCAGUCUCUUUGGAGAUGCAGAUUUUUUGGGCAAUGGGGCCAUACCAAUGUUUUUCAACUUGCACGGAAAUCCAGGAGAUUAUGCCUGGGGAAGGGAAAGUCUUGAUUCCAUUAUUACAGAGCUCCUUAAUCGGAUAGAUGGCACUGGCCCACCUCCUUUACCAAAAGAAAAAAUAGCAGAGAUUCCUACGGUUCAAAUAGUAGAGGAACAAGUGGAAAAAAGCCUUCAGUGUACAGUGUGUAUGGAAGAUUUUAAAUUAGGGGAACCAGUAAAAAAGUUAUCCUGUCAACACCAUUACCAUAAUGAGUGUAUUAUCCCUUGGCUUGAAUUGCAUGGAACAUGUCCAGUUUGUCGAAAGAUUUUACUAGAUGAACAAAAUUCAUCUAGUGACAAUGAAGUCCCUUUUGUAAGAGAAAGGAGUCCUUCAUUUGAAAGCAGUGGACUUGGACCCACUAGAAGAAGCCGAUAUAGACGUAUUACUCCAAGAAAUCCAAGUUCAAACAACCAUAGUGGAUCAAUAUACGACUUCACAGAUGGCUUUGAUUAACAUCCCAGUAUAGCUUCUUUAUAUUCUUAAAGCUUGGCUUUUCAUUGUUGUUUAAUCAGUCAGAAUAAAAACAUUUCAUAUUCUGAGGUUUAGAAAAGUUUCAGAAUAACAAAAACUAGCACCAGAAAUAUAUCUAUCCAUUGUUUAAAUGCUUUUAGUUAAUUUUGUUUUAAGAGAACAGGUGUUAAUGUAGAUUUAUGGCCUCCUUAUAAGGGUGAUACAUUAGUAGUUUAAUAUUCAAAACCACAUGUAGUCUUUUGUAUAACCACUGACAUUAGAUGCCUUAUGGUCUGGUGACAUGAAUAUUCAUUAGUAUUUAAAACAUUUUCCAAAGUGUAUAAAGUUAACAACGUGUGAUCUGUUAUCUUGUAAAUUAAACUUGAGUUUUAAGAUUAUGCAUGAUAAAAGUAGGUUUCUGAAGUUUGUGAUAAUUACAUAUUAAUGUUAAUGAAAUACAACUUGUUUCUAUUCACUUGCGUAAAGAGGGUUUCUCACAACGUAUAGCAUGAUAGCUUUCUUAUUAAAUGUGAUGAAGAGAACAGGAUUGUAAUUCACAUGUAAAGAUGUUUUAGAAGAACAAUGUUGCAUUUGGUUUAACUAGAGACAUAUAGAAAUGUUUUUUGCUGAAUAAAUGCCAAUCAGAUAAAUUAGUAAUGGCUACAAACAUUAUGUAUACUUAAAUAACUUUGAACUCUCAAUUGCAUAUUUUCAGGGAUAAUAAAGAUAAGUUAAAUAAUGAAAAAAUGUUUAUGGAGUGUAAAUAUGACAAGAGUGACUUGUAAAAUUUCAAAUACUGAAUCAAUUUAUAUGUUUGUUUUUAAUUAGAUGUAGCAAAUAUAUUUAUUCUGAGUGUAUUUUUACUGACACUUUUCUUUUUAAUGCUUUAAUAGAUCUUCCAGGCAUGUAUAUUCCUUCUAAUUAUCAUAACACAAAAGAUAACUUAUUCUCUACAGUAAUCUUGUUUAAAUCUUAAAAGCAAAAAUUACUGUAGACAUGGUGUAGUUACAUUUUAUAAAUGAGCAUGAUGAUGAUGAUAAAGAACAUAUUAAAAGGUACACCCGAACCAAGUAUUUAUCUGUGUAGUGUUACAAACAGCAUUAUCACAGUGGAAAAAACUUUAUUAAAAUAAAAGAAUGAAAUGCUAAA